AUGGUAUUCGCAGCUGAAAUGUUGGAUAUAUGCAAGAAAAAUCAAUCUGAUUCACAACAGCCGACAGAACAACUUGAACAGACAUCACAGAAUAAUUAUUCUGGAACAGUACAAGAAGAACAGACAGCUGAAGUUGAUGUCAAUGUAUUUAAAUGGCCUCAUGAGGCCAUAUUACUUCUUAUUGAAGAAUAUAGAAAAACGGCCGACAAUUUCUGUUCAGGGAAGAUUUCCCAAAAAAAGAUUUGGCAAUCAAUAGGAGAUGAACUGUUAAAAAAAUCUUACAAUGUAACUGGUCCUCAAUGUCAAUCAAAAUUCGGAGGUUUGAAGAGGACGUACAAGUCGAUCAAGGACCACAACAGUAAGUCUGGAAAUGGUACCAGAACUUGGCCAUAUUUUAAUUUAUUGGAUGAAUUGUUAGGAGCUAAACCGUACAUUACACCCAUAGCCACUCUUUCUUCGACGGGGAAAAGGGACCAACCAGAAGUGGAAAAUUCUCCAUCUUCUGCCAUAAGCCCUGGUCAUGAAAAUCCUAAAAAGAAACAAAACUAUUUUUCUCCUGUUGAUAAGUUUAGAUUAGCAAUUGAGGAAAAUAGAAAAGUGGUAGAAGAAAACAGAGAAAAGCGACAUAAAGAAAAAAUGGAUCAGAAAAAGGAGGCUAUUAAUCUUUUGGCUAGACUAGUUAGUGUACUGGAAACUAAAAAUUAG